AGCAAGGUCAAUGGGCGCGGACACAGGGAACGAUGCGACUCCAGCAAACUCGACCCGGAAGCAGCUGAGGGAGGCAGGCAGAUUCGAGAAUUACUUCUUUGCUCGUGCUCGCCUUGGCUUUCUGUCGUGGGUCGUCGUCUCCGCCAAAUACCACAAUGGCGCGGGUGCGGCGCUCGACAAGCCCACCCUGUUCGUGGCACUCGACCAUGUCGUACGCUGCCUGCCUGCGCUCGCGUCCCGUAUGGAAUACACCGCCAGUCUUCCUACUGCGCCCGCCGUCUGGCUUCGCCUUCCUUCGGUCGACCUGAACAAACUUGUCGAGUUCCGUGAGGAAGACUCUACACAGUUACACACGGUCCUGGAGACAAUGUACGCGGCCCCAGCACAAUACGCGGAUGACGUCCCGCCUUGGAAGCUGUUUGUCCUGCGCGAUGGCACGGUCGCUUUCACCUACGAGCACACGAUCGGCGACGGCCAGAGCGGCAUGGCCUUCCAUGCUGCACUUCUCAAUGCCCUGUGCACGCCGAUCGCGCCCCCUACAGAGCACUCCGGCGUAGUCACCGACCUCCCUGAAGACGCCUCCCUCAGUCUUGCCAUGGAGGACGCUAUGGACGUUUCCGUCCCGAUUACAAUGUUGCUCUGGGAGAUCUUCAAACCCUUCUGGCCACCGGCUCAGCGCAGGCUGCGGGAGUCAUGGACGGGCAAGGACGUCCCCAGCGAUGCCAUCCGCGGUAUGACGGUACGCAUUUUGGGGCACUACCCACCGGCGGAUGGAAAAUACCUCGUGGAGCUCUCUCGCGCACACAAGACCACGCUCACUGGGACGCUGCACACCGUCGCACUCGUCGUCCUCUCGCGUCUCAUCCGUACCCACCCGGAGGCGGAGAAAUACAAGACGAUCGCGACGACGGUCCCCAUUUCUAUGCGGCGAUUCACCCACGUCCCACCCACCGCUUUCUGCAACCAUGUGUCAGCCCUGCGCGAAGACUACCCUAUCCUCCCCUUAGGAUCAAAGGAAGAGGGCGCCAUCAUGACCGCCGAAAACUUCCCCUGGGAUCUCGCUGCGGGCCUUGUUGACGCGCUCAAACGCGAAGCACCACGUUCAGGAUCCGCAGUGGGCCUCCUCAAGUUUGUCGGCGGGAAGUACGAGCAAUAUCUCCGCAGCCAGCUGGGCAAGAAGCGCGCUGCGGGCCUUGAGCUCUCGAAUAUCGGACCUUUCCCCGUGGCCCACCUGGAGAAAACUGCGGAGGAUGCGCCGCCUAGCAGCCGAUGGGACGCCGACGAGGUACUGUUUGCGCAGGCGAGUGCCACGCUGGGGCCUGCGCUGUGCCUGAAUGUGGCCGGGACACCUGCGGGGGGCUUUGGAGUGACGGUCACGUACAACAGGGAGGCGGUUGACGAGGCGCUGGCGGAGGAGUUUGUGGAGGCGUUCAAAGCUGGGGUGCAGGGACUGCUCGCAUCGCGGCCGGCUUCGUAGAACGUGAGUUGUGCACCGUCCUAAUCACCCCUCCGUGGGCUCACUGAUCUCCAAUACCGUAGAAGACCCUCUUGUUCAAGCUCCUUACAUAUACCCCAUAGUACUGAGAUGAUGCUGCGCCAAGCGUCAUACAUUUUGUCGAGUUCUACCCUCUACGGAGCUAUACGCACUGACCUGGGUCUUUCCGGAUGCUGUCAUUCACGCCGAGGCAAACGGGUCCGGGUACGGGUACUGAGAUUGCACUCACGUUGCCACGCGUACAAGUAUGACUGGUCUAUA